GAAAAACAUUAUAUUGAUCGUUUAAUUUUCUGAUACAGUGAAGUAUUAUAAUAUAAGAAAAUACAAAGACUUAACCCAUAAGCUAGGAAUGGCUGGACUGUAGAUUGAAGGAUGGAGACCAGUGGCAAACCCUCGACAGCACAGAUUGUGUUGCUGGCCACUAGUUCGGCUCUGACUGCUGUCUUGUACAGCAUAUACAGGAGGAAGUCGAGCCAUGUAGCCAGAUUAAAGGAGGCCAAGAAGAUGCCAUUAAAUCCAGAUCUCAAAACUAUCCUCGAUGAAGCACCAGGAAAAUGUGUUCCUUAUGCAGUUAUUGAAGGUGUUGUGCGCUCGGUGAAGGAGACCUUGAACAGUCAGUUUGUAGACAACUGUAAAGGGGUCAUCGAGAGGUUAACCCUAAAAGAGAAGAAGAUGGUGUGGAAUCGUACAACUCAUCUGUGGAAUGAUUGUGAAAAGGUCAUCCACCAACGCACCAACACCGUGCCCUUUGACCUCGCCCCACACGAUGACACUGUUCCCACAACAGUACGAGUGGUCCGUCCACUCGAUGCAGCUGAAUUGGAUCUGGAGACCACCUAUGAGAACUUCCACCCCUCCCAGCAGUCUCUGACCAACGUCAUCAGCCACUUCAUCAGCGGCGAGCGUCCGCAGGGCAUCCAGGAGACUGAAGAAAUGCUGCGUCUGGGUGCCAGCAUGACGGGUGUUGGGGAGCUGGUGCUGGACAACAACCUGGUUCGUCUUCAACCCCCUAAACAGGGCCUGCGGUACUUCCUCAGCUGCCUCGACUACGACACGCUCCUGAGUAAGCAAGAGGGUCGCCUGCGGAUCUGGAGGGUCUUGACGGUGCUGUUUGGCUUGACUGCCUGCGCCACACUAUUCUACCUGCUGUGGAGGCAGUACGUGCUGCGUAAGGAGCGGAGGAAAGAGCGAAGCUUGCUGGACGAGUACAGGAAGUGGCAGAGCAGACGUUUAGAGGAGCUCCACCUGGCGGGGGAUGAUUUGUCUCCUACUACAUGCACAAUAUGCCUGAGUCGUGAGCGCUCAUGCGUGUUUCUAGAGUGUGGUCACGUGUGUGCCUGUGAGGAGUGCUAUAGGGUCCUUCCCGAACCUAAGAAAUGUCCCAUUUGCAGGGCUAGAAUAGACAGGAUUGUUCCUCUGUAUAACAGCUAGAGGCUUGAAUAUGUAGUAUGCACUUACUUUGAAAUGAGGCACUUUGUGUGUGAGCACAGCAUCUAAUAUCAGUCGAUGUGAGAAUCUGCCAUAAACCCAAUACUCAGCAGAAAAAUAUUCAUCCAGUUUGAGUUGGGUUUUGUGUUCUGUUGACUGAUCACACUGUUGGCAAUUAUAAUGAUCCCUUGUGCCUGUGUGAACUGAAAUGAAAUGCCAUUUGUUAUUUCACCAAAAAACAGCCCAUUUUAGGACUAGGAAUACAAUAUUUUUUAUUUUAUUAAAAACUUCUGUAAUACAAAGAUUUAUGUAUUUAAUAAAACAUUUAAGUAAAAGCAA